ACUGGUAGGUUGUAGUAGGUCUGUCCAGAAGAGCAGCAUCCUAAUUGGAACGGGCUACCUAUUAGAAUAUCCAUUGUUGGAGUUAGGUUUCAGUUCGUGAUUGGUUCAAGUCGCUUUCACCACUUCCAUCACAGCCCUGGCUGUUGCAAGCGAUCUUGUCGGGCGUUUCAUCUCCUUCUUGAGCCAGAAGUGUGGGAGGCAGCAUGCGGCAACGGAAGCGGAGGACCUCGAGAGGCUGAGGUCUGUCCUGCUAAGGAUCCACACAGUUGUCGAGGAGGCAGAGGCACGGCAGAUCACGAACCGGGGAAUGGUCCUCCAGCUCAAGGGGCUCAUGGAGAGCAUGUACCUCGGGUACUAUGCUCUUGACACCUUCAAGUUCCAGCCCCUUGAAGAAGAUGGUGCUCCUGAUCCUGAAGAUAACCAGGUAAGCCACAAGCGCCUUCGGCUUUGUUCCAGUACAAGCAGAAGAAAGAACACGUCUUUAUUAGCAUUUGGUACUGAGAGCACAGCCAUGGUUAAGAGAGUACUUCGAAGUUUGGAGACUAAAAUUUCUGAUGUGAGGGAGUUCAUCAUGCUACUACCCUGCUGUCCUCGUCUUCCCCAGAAACUCUACAGCACAUAUUUGUUCAUGGACAAGAUCAUGUUCGGUCGCAAUGUCGAGAAAGAGAAAGUGAUCAGCUUCUUACUGCACGAUGACCAGAAUCUGGCAGUCCUUCCAAUUGUUGGACCCCGCAUGAUCGGGAAGAAAACCCUUGUCCAUCAUGCUUGCCAAGACGAACGGGUGCGCGGUCGCUUCCCGCAUAUUGUUUUCGUUCAUGGGGAUGAUCUCAUUCUUGGGGCCAGAUCAUUAGUCCCCUCAAGAAAGUACCUGUGCAUUGUUCAAUUCAGUUGGGAUGCAGAUGUGCAGGCAUGGGAAACCUUUCAAUCGUCUCUACGCAACGCGGCGACAAGCGGCAGCAAAGUUGUGAUCAUUGGCAGAACAGACGAGAUUGCCAGAUGGGGAACAGCACCACCAAUCAGGCUCACGAGCUUGUCCCAAGAAGAGUACUGGUACUACUUCAAGGCGCUGGCCUUCGGAACCAUGAACCCCGACGAGCAUCCGAAACUAGCAUCUCUAGGCAUGCAACUGGCGAAGCAACUACAGGGAUCAUUCCUUGGCGCAAACAUGGUUGGUAACGUGCUGCAGGCCAAUCCUGAUGCAGAAAUCUGGUAUGAAAUGUUAAUGAGCUUAAGGGAGAUGGAACAGAUGCGGUUCCUCCUCUUCGGCGAGCAGUGUCCUGAUGACAUUCUCGCAAAGAACGACCCCGUCGACACGGCUAUGAUGGUGUCCCUGCGGUACCGUGGUUGUCUGGCAUAUGAUCUAAGGGAAACUGGCCACGCCCAAAUCAGGGAGCUGCCAAGAUUAACGCCAGAAGGACCACAGAUGGAAGACGGUAAGAACAUUCCUCGUGACGAGAAGUUCGAUAUAGUGGUAUGGAGAUCCCGAAUCCUGCCUUUCCGCAACUACAUAGCUACCUUUGUGAAGCCAAAGCCGCGGCGCGUCCGAAGGAGGAAGAAUCACCUGCCAACCCGCGACAGUAAGAUUAGAACCUUGUUUGAAAAGCAUACGUUCCCCCUUCUGGAAAACCCACUCUAGAAUUCUGAUUGUACCCGCCAGUACAAGUGUGAUAUUUCUACACUAUUAUAUAAUGGACCUAACUUUGAACUUUUGAAUCUCUA